GCUCCCCACAAGUCGCCGUGUUCGUCUAGUCAACCAGAGCGUUUGUAGUGUCACCCCAGAAUCGCACAAUAAAUUUCGUUGUGCGGUUUCCCCAUCUGGAUGACAACCUACUAUGGCACAGGAUACCUGUUUUUGCUUCCUUAGUUUCUCCUUGCCGCUUGGAAUCCGGAAGGGCAGCCGCCCGGGGAAUGAGCCUUGGAUCAACAGCCGGAUGUUAUCAGGAAUAGCCGUCCAGGAGCACCGUGAAACCGAAUGGACCGACGCCAAAGGUGCAAUAGCUGCACAAGGGAUUGGGAACUGCUACCCUAUAAACUACGGCAUGGGAGUGCCGUAUGCACCGGACUCCGUCACAUGGUGCGUCCUCGGACUGAUCCCAACUCGGGGAACGCGUCUUGUCAACCUCAGUCAUUUGGACAGAGCCCGCGAGGACCGCCUAUGGUGGAUACUAACUUGGCGCUUUUCAUUUGUUACAGUCAUCUUCAGAUCAUUUUUCGUUCAUUGUAGCUACUCUGUUUGGACACUAACCCCUGCUCUCAGCGAAUCUUGUUUCGACGCACCUUUGCCGGAUUUUCCCUUGUUUCCUUCCAACCAGGCCGUGAACAUUGCCAAGUGGAGUGAGGACGUGUCAGGAGCCGCCUUUGCCGGAUUGGAUCUCUUUUGUGCUUCCCCAGUUCCGGAGAUGAACGGCGCGGAUGCUUUUGAGCAGAAGCAUGAGACUGCUUCUGUUUACAGCAUGGACAGCGCAUAUCAGAGUCAAUCAGGCGCCAGCCGAAGUGGAGCCCAGUUGCCCGAAGGAUACCAAAGCCUCGCACCACAGGACAACAGGAGCCGCAUGAACAGCCAAUUCCCAGGAAGUGACGUGUACUCCCCUACGCUCAGCUCCGACAACUUCGGAGCUUUUGCGGAUCAGCACUCCGAGAUGGCCCAUGUACAACCGCCUUCAGCCGCUGGAGACAUGGAAACAGGGGAUAACCCGUUUGCCUAUGCUAACUACACCACGGCGCAGGAUUACUCCCAUUACACAGCUACUAGCGUACCUCGAUUUAUUCCCUCGACUAAUAUUGAUAUGACCUUUCCCUGGGGGACCUCGGACUCACAGAGCCUGACUUCGCCAUUAGGCUUCAAUUCGUUCAACAAGUCGCCGAUCAGUAUCGAUGCAGCGCUGUAUUCCAAUCAUGACCUCUCCGAGUCUAUAUUCAAUACUCCUCCGCAGUUCCAGAGAGGUAGUAUCAGCAGACCGAGACUUGAUACAUCCACCCGUCCUGCCGCGGCCCGGAAAUCAUCGUCGUACAUAUCCGAAGAGCAUGUGAUGCGGAGGCAGUCCGCAAAUGACGCCGGCUUCGGAAGCCUUGCCAUGUCGCCAACCAGUGCCAUCAGCGCCCAUGCUCUCAGUGCGCUAGAUGCGAAUGCCGAGAAGGAGGAGACUGCAUCCACUUCUCUGACGGCUCAGUCUAUUGGUGACGAAGACGAGCUCCUAUCCCCUUCGGACGCAGCGGCCGUGAAGAACCUGGAAGAAGAGCAGGGAAAGAUCGCCCGAAGCCACCCGUUAUAUCAGGCACAGCCGCACAAGGACGGGAAGUACCAUUGCCCGAAUGAAGGGAAGCCAGGCUGCACCCACAAGCCUACACCACUGAAGUGCAAUUACGACAAGUAUGUGGACUCGCAUCUCAAGCCGUUCCGCUGCAAGCAAAAGAUGUGCAUUGGUGUCCAAUUCUCCUCGACGGCCUGCCUCCUUCGCCAUGAACGCGAGGCUCAUGGCAUGCACGGGCACGGUUCGAGACCGCACCUCUGCCGCUUCGCGGACUGUGACCGGUCCAUACCUGGGAACGGAUUCCCCCGGCGAUACAAUCUGUUCGACCACAUGAAACGUGUGCACGACUAUAGCGGCCCUGGUGCAGAGGCACCGGUGCCCGCUCCACUGGGCCAGACCGCAGCGCCACGCAAGAGCGCCGGCCGGAAGCGAAAGUCCACAGCAGAAGAGGGUGCAGAGAAGCGCCAGAAGGUGACGAAGCCUACCCUCCAACAGCAGCUCCAGCAACGACGCGGGCAGUUGCAGGAAGCGUUCCUGGCCAAGAAACAGAACAUCAUCAACAUCUUGGCCGAGUUAGGAGGGCCAAACGACCUGGAUGGCGACAUCCAACUCACCAAGGAGGUUGUCGGUCUGCACGAGAUCUCGGCCGAGUUCAAGAAGACGUUUGGAGGCUGAGAGAGGGAUGCCGAGGGAUUCAGAGUGAGUGCCUGCGCUACGCCUGGAUCCAUUGGAACAACUACUCUUCUGGAUAUGCAUGACGUUGUGCAUGCUACUUUUCUUUCUGUUCCGCCUGGAAGCCUUGCACCCGAUCUCGGGCCUGGAGGUCAACGUACCGCCUGGAGGAUACGUGCCUGUACACGCCCAUGGAGCAUCCAUUACCAGGAUCGGACUUCCUCCGAGGAUUACCGCCCUGUGCGA